AUGGCACCAGAAACCGGCACCUUAUCCAGACUAGAUAAGGAACUUGCGCAGUAUUUAGCUGCUCGCAUGGGGGCCGAGGGGGCCAAUAAGGAAAAAGAGGCCAUGAAGGUCAAGAAGGAGGAGGAGGAGGAGGUCAAGAAGGAAGAGAAGAAGGAGGAGGAAAAGAAGAAGAAGAAGAAGCGCAAGAAUGACAAAGACCACGGCGCUCGUGAGGCUAUCGUGUGCUACAACUGUCAGCGCAUGGGGCACAAGGCCCAUGAGUGUCCUGAGCGAGAAAGUCGGCGCCAAGCUGACCGCGCUGAUGGCUUUGAACUAGCCCGCGUGAGAAUCGACCCCCGCCUCGAUGCGUUGGAGCUGGGUCUGGCUGCUCAGCAGAAGAGCCUUUUGGCUCUUGAGAACCGAGUCAAGAAGGAGGCUGAGAAGAAGGCCAGAGAGGCUGAGAAGCGGGCUGAAAAGGCCGAGAAGAAGGUCGAAGAACUCGAGAAGAAGGUGAAGGAACUGGGCGAGAAAUUCGCCCAUGUGGAAGACUUCAUUGCGAAGCUUCCCGCUCCUCCCACCAUCCAGUAG